AUGUCCACUCAACCAACAUCUAACCAACCCACUUCUCAACCGAAACCUUUAGAAAAAUCAGUUUUUCACGAAGGAGAAUUGGAUUUCCAAAGAAAAGCUCACACUCUCGAGUUUGCCAAUCAUUUGGGUAGCAGAAAAAUUACGAAUCAUGUCCCAGAGGAAUUUCAUUCAUUUCUAAUGGAACGAUUUGUUGUGUUUGUGGCUUCGUUUGAUAAGGAAACUAAUGAGUGUUGGUGCUCAUCGAUUUGGGCAACUCCUAAACAACAUGAAAUGUAUUCGAAACAGUCAACUUUGGAAUCAGAUGAGUUGACUUCCUAUGAGCAAGAGAAGGACUCUCCAUGGAUUCCCUUAAAUGCUCAAGUUUCCACCUCCGUAGAAGAAUUACAAACCUCUCGAUUAAUCUGUUCCUUAUAUGAUCCAUGCAAUGUUUCAAGUGCUCAAGAUCUCAAUUCGAAACAUCACGAACGGGUCGACUUGUCCCAUUUCAAUCAACUUAUUAAGAUUAGUAAGGACGGUACAAUCAUCAAAAUUCUCAAAUCUCCCAAUGAAAAUGAUCCAAUGUGGAAAACUUGUUCACAACUUGGCUCAUUGGUGAGUAUUAAUUUCCUUGAUUUAUGUUCGAGGAAGAGAUACAGAACGAAUGGUGAGAUUAUAGAGCCAUUGAGUGGAGAUGGGUUUUCUAUUAGGGUUAGGGAAGCGUUUUCUACUUGUCCAAAGUAUAUUCAACAGAGGGCUGUUCAAUCGAUUAUUGGAUUUGAGGAAUGGAGCAAGUCAACUAGAGAUUAUAAUAAUUUCUCAACUGGUGGAAUGCCAGAAAAUGUUAUCAAGUUCAUACUGGGAGCAGAUACGAUGAUGAUUUCUACUGUACACCCAGAAAAAGGAGCUGAUUGUUCUCAUCGAGGAGGAAGACCUGGCUUUAUCAGAAUCAUUGACAGAGACACUCUAGUAUGGGGUGAUUAUGUUGGAAAGGGUAUGUUUCAAACAUUAGGAAACACAGAGAAUUGCUCCUCUGCUGGUUUACUCUUUAUUGACUUUGAUCAUGGACAUAUUCUCCAAUUGACUGGCAAUAUUCAAGUAACAUGGAGGGAAGAACCAGGAAGCGGAUUCGAUGGUAGUGAUCGUACAGUUGUUUUCAAGGUUGAAAAGUGGAAAGUUUCUAAUCAUCAAUGUCCUUUCAAAUGGGAUUUCAUAUCCAUGUCUUCACACAAUCCACUCUUGAAUGAUUCCAAUGAUUUGGAAAGUUUAAAUCCAUCCAGGAAGGAAGUUUUCAAUGUAGCCCCACUAAUGAAGGAGAAACAUUUGGGAGAAAUUGUUCAUGCCAAGUUGGUGAGUGUGAAAAAAAUAACUGAUGAAAUUUCCUCAUUUGGAUUUGAGAUUUUGGAAGGUCAUAGAAAUAUUACCUAUCUUCCUGGACAAUAUGCUACAUUUACACUCUCUUUAGAUCAUCCUUAUAUGAGAAGUUGGACAGUUUCGUCUGCCAUGUAUCUUAUUCCUCCUUCCAAAGAUGGGAAUAUUGAAAGUGGACCUUCCAAUGAAACGAAUAACUUUGAAAUAUCGGUCAAGAAGAUUAGUUUGGGUAAAACUAGUUCAUGGCUUCAUCAAGAUGCAAAAAUAGGUGAAACAAAGCUAUUUCUAAUGGGAAUUGAAGGAAACUUUACACUUCAAACUUCCUAUCAUGUCGCCUUAAAGAAAUCUCAAGAAACUUCUUCCAAUCUACAAUGGAAAGUUCUCUUCCUGAGUGGCGGAAUCGGAAUCACUCCAUUCAUGUCCAUGAUUCGUGGAACUUUUCACAGUAUUCAAGACUCCAUUCUCGAUAUCAAAGAUGCACCUCAUAUUCAAUGGAUUCAUAGUGAAAAGUUUGUAAAUGACAUUCCAUUCAAGUCAGAGUUGGAUCAGUACAAGGAAAAGGGAAUUAUCAAUCAAUUGAAUUAUUGUGUUACAAGAAUGCAAGAUGUUUCAAUGGAAGAUGUGAAGUGCCAAAGAUUGGACAUGAAAUUGUUGAGUGAAUUGGUGAAAGAUGUUGAGGAAAGGGUUGUUUACGUUUGUGGACCGACUCCAUUCAAUGAAAGUUUGAUAGAAAUAUUGAAAGAGUUGAAAGUUCCAGCCAUGAAUAUUUUAAUUGAGAGCUUUGAUUAUUAA